UAGUAAAAGAAAAACUAAAUCUGCAGCAACUGCACGCACUUGACGACCGUUGCGCCACUACACAAUACAAACACCACAAAAUCUCCUCGAUCCAGCCAGUCAUCAGCCCGCAUUCUCUCUCGCCCACUGGUCAACAAAGCCAAAGGAGGAAAGAACGCCGUCAGAGAGAGCAGCGAGGAGUGCUUCUCCGUCGCCGUAGCCGUCGCCGUCCCCGUCGCCGCCGCGCCCAUGGGUUGCAUCUCGUCCAAGCUCCUCCCGCCCGGGCCCGGAGGCCGCAGCGGCGCCGCGCGCGCCACCGUGCGCGGCCGCGUCGACCACGUCGUAUCCCUCACCUCCACCACCUACGGCGUCCUCGACCUGCAGGCCAAGCACGGCGCCACCGCCACGGCGGGAGCCAAGGACCUGCCGUUGCCGCAGGAGCAGGAGAAGCCGAUAAGCCGGGAGUGGAAGCGCGCGUCCGCCAAGCGCCCGCCGCCCCUCGUCGUCCCGGACGCCAAGAAACCGGCUCCGGCGGCCAAGCCGGAGACCGGCAUGGAGGUGAUCAAUGCGUGGGAGAUCAUGGCCGGGCUGGAGGACGCCGAUUCGCCUGCCAAGAAGCCGGCCAAGCCCGGCCGUUGGUCUCCGGCCAGGGUCCUCGCCAUGGCCCUGUCGUCGCCCAAGAGGUCGUCGGCGAAGCGGAGGAACACGCCUGGGAAGGAGAACAGCCCGCUGCAGCGUUGCUCCGGGAAGGAGAACAGCAAGCCCAGCGACGUCGCCGACGAGGACAGGGUCCUCCGCCCGUACAACUCCAUCGACAACUCCAAGCUGUCCAGGGCGUCCAAGAGAUUCUCCCCGGGAAGCGCCCGGGUCGCCCGGAAGCCCAGCGCGGCCGAGACCGGAGGCAUGUCGUCGUCGCGCCGGAGCCUGAGCCCGCUGUUCGACCCGGAGCUCCUCGCGUCCAUCGAGCGCGAGCUGUCGGAGGAAGGCGCGCACAUCAAGCGGGUGAUUGGAUCCGAGAAGCCCAAGCAGCCGAAGGUGAUUCCGGCGAUCGUGGCGGAGGGCAAGUGCCCGCCCGGCGGCGCGGACGCGGUCGUGCUCUACACCACCACCCUCCGCGGCAUCCGCAAGACGUUCGAGGAAUGCAACGCGGUGCGCGCCGCGAUCGAGGCCCACGACGUGAAGGUCAUCGAGCGGGACGUGUCCAUGGACUCGGGCUACCGGGAGGAGCUGCGGCUGCUGCUGGGUGGGCGGGAGCUGCGCGUGCCCGCCGUGUUCGUCCGGGGCAAGCACGUGGGCGGCGCGGCCGAGGUGACGAGGAUGGAGGAGGAGGGGAAGCUCAAGGCCCUGCUCCAGGGGCUGCCGCGGGCGCGGGUCUGGUGCGCGGGAUGCGCCGGCGUGAGGUUCGUCAUGUGCAGGGACUGCAACGGCAGCCGCAAGGUGCGCGUCGACGGCGAGCGGAAGGAGAUGGUCCAGUGCGGUGAGUGCAACGAGAACGGCCUCGUCCGGUGCCCCAUCUGCUCGUGAUGAGGCGGCAGCUGUGGAUUGGAUUGUUUGGUGUUACAUUGGGUUGAUUUGCUUGUCUACCCGUCGUCUGGUGUUUGAGCCUCAGAGGCUCUGAUUUUGCGAUGUGCUUGUUACGCUCUGCAACCUGCUAAUUAAACACCUGUAAUGCGUUCCCGUUCAUAUUGAUUCGUACUGUAUCUAAUUAAAUUGCUUUUCAUUCUUUCCUA